AUGGCGUGCACCAUCGGGCAGGCCGGCGACAACCUCUUCGGACCAGCAGUCGGAGCCUCAUGUUUCGACUUCACGCUUCUCUUCGAGCAGUCACUACUUCAACUCGUUCCGAGCGCUAUCCUCUUUCUCUUUCUUCCUCUUCGAGUCUCCCAGCUCCGACGGCAAAACGUCAAGGUCCUCCGGAGUGGCGCACGCUUCGUUAAGACUGCAUCUAUCGCGAUUCUUGCAAUCGCCCAGCUGGUCUUACUCGUGUUGUGGUGCCUGUCACCGCAAUACCGCACAUCGGUCUCCAUUCCUGCAGCAGCGAUCUCUUGUCUUGCGUCACUGUCGCUGGUGUAUUUAUCCAAUCUGGAGCAUUCUAGAUCGAUUCGUCCCAGCUCGGUCAUCAACUUGUACCUUUUCGGCUCUUUGGUUCUGGACAUUCCCCAAGCGAGGACACUUUGGCUACGGCAGGCGCCGAAGGAGGUGUCGGCGUUGUUUACGGCUUGCUUGGGAUUGAAAACGCUGGUUUUGUUCCUGGAAGCGAGAGGAAAGAGAGGCUCGCUGUUCCCACAGUACCGUCUUUAUGCUCCCGAGGCGCUGGUGAAUCUCUUCAAUCGGACGGUGCUUUGGUGGCUGAAUCCGCUCUUCUGGCAGGGGUACAACAAGUUCUUGGCUAUUGAGAAACUGUAUAAUGUGGAUCCAGACCUUGCCUCGUCUGCAGUGGAGGCGAGGUUCAAUACGGUGAGGAAAGAUAAGCAUGCAACGAGCAAGUGGUCGCUUGUGCUGUCGGCUUUCAGCGCUAUCAGGUACACCUUCCUCGCUAUGAUGAUCCCUCGGCUUUGCCUGAGUGCUUUGAAACUCUCUCAGCCUCUUCUGAUCAACCGACUCACGGGCCUGCUGAGCGACAGGCUUGACGAACAGGAUAACGACGUCCGACAUGCACUGAUUGCUGCGACCGGACUGCUCUACAUCGGCCUUGUGGUUUCGACUGCAAGCUAUCAGCGUGAGCUCCACCGGUUGAUCACCAAAGUUCGAGGAAUCAUGGUCACCAUUGUGUAUGUAAAAGUCCUCAAGCUUGAUUCCGCAUCGCUCGCCGAUGGUGCUGCCUCGACGUUGAUCACCACGGAUGUGGAAAGAAUCUGCAGCUCGCUGAAGGAAGUCGACGAUCUUUUCGCAACUCCAAUCGAAAUUGCUGUCGCUAUUUAUCUGCUAGAGCGCCAGAUUGGCGUUUCAUGCAUCGCUCCGGUCGCCGUGUCCGGACUACUCACACUCAUGAGCUUCUGGAGUUCCUCUACGGCUGUUCCGAUGCAAAGAAGAUGGCUUGCUGCUGUCACGGAGAGAAUCGCCUACACCUCCUCCGUCCUGGGAUCGCCCCGAGGCUUCAAAAUGCUGGGAUGGACGAACUACUUCAUCGAUUCGAUUCAGGCGCUACGAGUCGAAGAACUUGUUCGCUAUGCACAGUAUCGGAAGUACGUCACUUGGCGGAAUGUCUUUGCUCAAGUGCCCACAGCUUUCUCCAUGCCAUUCACCUUGAUGAUGUUCACACUCAUCAAUGGCGGCGACGCACUUACGACCAGCAGAGCGUUCACCACUCUGGCUCUGGUCGCCCUACUGACUGGUCCGACGCAAAACUUGAUUCAUGCGAUACCGAGUGCGCAGACCGCGCUCGCCAGCUUUGAAAGGAUUCAGAACUUCUUGGUGCUAGAAGAUGGCGUUCAUUCGCAGUCGCUUCAUGACGAGGGCGAUGAGCCAUCAGGAGAGGGCAUUCAGCUUGCUUCAAAAGCCACGAGGACAAAAGUGCAGCUCGACAAGGCAUGCUUCGAGAUGGGAACAGGAAGAGAAAUUCUACGGGACAUAUCUCUGACGCUCCCACCACAAACUUUGACAAUCCUGUCCGGACCGGUAGGAUGCGGCAAGUCGACUCUUCUUCACGCCAUCCUGGGUGAAUCAACCUUAUCCAAAGGGAUUCGUUCUGUCACCGGCAAACCAUCUUUUGCUUUCUGCUCGCAGGACUCAUGGCUUCCGAAUGGCACUGUCCGAAACUUGAUCCUGGCCGGAGCUGAGUUCGAUCAAGAAUGGUACUCCACCGUCGUCUCCGCAUGCGCUCUCCAUCAUGACAUCGCCGCUCUCCCUUCAGGCGACAGCACUCCGAUUGGCAGCAAGGGCGUUUCGCUCAGUGGAGGACAACGGCAGCGACUUGCGUUGGCCAGGGCUGUUUAUGCUCGUGCUCAGAUUCUGCUCGCUGACAACAUUCUGAGCGGCGCCGACUCAGGUACAUCGGCCCAUGUAUUUGCCCACAUCUUCGGACCUCGUGGGCUGUGCAAGCAGCUUGGCAUGAUUGCCGUACUCUCUACAUACGACGAGCGAUCCUUGCCCGACGCUGAUCACAUCGUGGUCCUGAGCCACAACGGGACCAUUAGCGAGCAAGGCUCAUACUCCGAGCUCGUCGCCACUGGAAGCUAUGUGGGUAAUAUGCAAACACUGCAACAUCCGACGGGCAAUGGAGGGAACACACAAGAAGAUGGUCCGCCCAGCGCUGAUAUCAUGGCCUCAUCAGACAUGCUAGAAGUGGCACAACAGGACCUUGCCCGCCGGACGGGAGACAUGGCCGUCUACAGCUACUACGUUAAGUCCAUCGGCUGGAAGCUCAGUACCAUAGUCAUCCUAAGCUGCGUCAUCGUGGGAUUCAGCGAGACAUUCCCCAGCCUAUGGGUGCGAUGGUGGAGCACAGCGGAGGAGACUGGUCGCGGUCAACUCCCUCUCGGCGGCUGGAUUGGCGUAUCGUUCCUCCUCGCGAUGAUUGCAUGCCUCGCCAACGGCGCAGGCAUUUGGACGAUGCUCGUCAAUAGUGUUCCGAAAAGUUCUGCGACACUGCACAGGCAAAUCUUGGAGACGGCGAUGCGUGCUCCAUAUCAAUUCUUUGUUACCACCGACGCUGGCACGACACUGAACCGAUUCUCUACCGACAUGAAUUUGAUUGAGCAAGAACUCGCCGGUUCAGUCUUGCAAUUCACAGAGGGUAUGGCGACAUCUAUCUUCUCUGCCAGUUUACCGGCGGACACUCGGCAAUUGCGAUUCUUAGAACUGGAAGCUCAGGCUCCGCUUCUGACACACUGUACCGAGACUCUGGCGGGAGUCACCACAAAUCGAGCGUUCGGAUGGCAGCACAGGUCGCACCAGAAACUUUGCGAUCUGCUCGACAGCUCGCAACGAGCAUACUACCUUAUGCUCUGCAUACAGCGAUGGCUGGGCUUGGUCCUUGGCCUAGUCACCGCUGCUAUUGCCAUCACAGUCGUAGCAAUGGCGUUGACCCUUCAAACUUCAUCCAGCGCCGGCGCUGUGGGUGUGUCCCUGCUAAGCAUCUUGAGCUUCAGUACCAUUCUUUCUGACUUGAUCAAUUCGUGGACGAACCUGGAGACAUCCCUCGGCGCCGUGGCGAGAUGUAGGAACUUUCAAUCGAUUACGGCUUCCGAGGACAAGGCAGGCGAGUCUCAAAAGCCGUCCGCAGCGUGGCCGGAGAACGGGAGUCUGGUCAUUAAAAACAUCUCCGCGUCGUACAACGAGGGCGACAAUCCAGUACUGAAAUCUAUCUCCCUAUCCAUCGCGGCGGGUCAGAAAAUCGGCAUCUGCGGCCGAAGCGGAAGUGGAAAGAGUACUCUCCUUCUCACCCUCCUCCGACUGCUCGACCUCUCCUCAGGGUCCAUCGAGAUCGACGGCCUUGAUCUAUCCACGCUCCCACGCCAGACCAUCCGCGAACGCAUGACCGCCCUCCCACAAGAAUUCGUCACGUUCCCGGGAACCCUACACGCCAACCUCGACCCUUCCGGCCUCCACUCCACCUCAGCAUGCGAAGCCGCCCUGCAAAAAGUCGGCCUCUAUUCCCGAGUCGCCGAAGCAGGCGGUCUCGAAACCGACAUGACAUCCCUCAACCUCUCCCAAGGCCAGCUGCAACUCUUCGCCGUCGCCCGGUGUCUCCUCCGCAAGUCCAAAGUCCUCCUUGUGGACGAGAUGACGAGCUCAGUAGAUGCUAUAGCUGAGGAGACGGUCAUGAAGCUUGUGAGAGAGGAGUUUGCAGAGAGUACGAUUAUUGCCGUCGCGCAUCGAUUGGGGACUAUUACGGACUUCGAUCGGAUUGUGGUUAUGGAUGCGGGUGAGAUUGUGGAGGUGGGCACACCGGAGGAGUUGAAGGCGAGGGAGGGCGGGGUUUUCAACGGGAUGUGGGAGCGGAUGGGGCAUUGA